CUAUUUGCAGAAAUGGAAAUUACAUCUAUGGAUGUAGUACCACAUAUUGCGGAUACAGUGAGCAAAUCGGAAGAUGCAGCGGUUUUAGUUGAUGCUUUACCAUAUCUUGAUUCGGAUUAUACGGAAUCCGACCGACAGAUGGCAAUGCAGCUAAUCGAAGACGAAUGCCGAGUUUUCCGCCCGGUUAAAAAUUAUUUACAAAAUAUAUCACCUCCUGAUUUCGACGUGUUUCUGACGCCUUGUCUGAUCAAAGAACAUAUUAGAAUGUCCAAAAAGCAAGAAAUGGCAAAAUUAGAUAUGUCACGAUAUGAAUUGUCGUGUCCAUCAACAACUGGACGACAGGGUGAUAAAACUUCAUGGAAAAAAGCUAUUCGCAAUGCAGCUGCUCAAAAUGAGCAUUUAUUACUUCGUAAUAUCAAUUUGCAACUGAUGGAUGAGCAUGCACCACCUGUUUACCUUCGAUAUAAUAAGGAACUCGAAACUAUGCUGCAUUGUGAAGAGAGGGAAUUAAGAAAGCUCCGAGAAGAAGUAAUGGAAAUUCAUUCGAGACGACGGAAAAGUCAAAUGGAAGCGGGAUUGAAACUAAAAGAUUUGGAACAAAAUUGGGUGCAAAUGGUCACCAAAAAUUACAAAAUGGAGCUUGCUUGCCAAGAGCUGGCCGCAGAUAAUGAAAUGUUGGCCAAAAAAGCUAAAUUAAUUUCAUAGAUUCCCUUCCUUUUUAAUGCUUUAAUAAUAUUUGUUGUUGUCAGCACUGCUUGGCAGUAAUUUGAACUUAUAAAUAGAAGGGAUUCGUUGUGGUAGAGAGUUUUUCGGAGCUUAUUCAUCAAUCUGUUAUAUAAUUGGUUGUAUUAAGAUUCAAUCGAAUGUCUGCUUGUUUAUAAAUUUUGCAUUGUUAUUUUCUCAGAGUGCACAUUUAAUACUUCUGUAUUCUACAGUGGUCAUUUUCCAUUAUUCUUCGAUCAGGAUAUUUUUUGGUCUUUUUGAGGACGAAACUUUUUCUGAAGUUAGAAGUUUUCAUGUUGUUUGAUGUUUUACUUCCAGAUGAACCAGCAAAAACUAGAAAUAUUUAUGAAAAUUUCAAACUUUCGUGAGAUGUUCCAAAUACAAAUAAACGAUUUUCGAUUG